GCCAUACGGUACUUUACGGUGCGUCUUGCCGUCGCGCGGUUGACGUCCCGCCACUCAAGUGUGAUGUUUAUUCUAAGCUAGCUUAUGCUUGAAGCACAUGAAUCUCACUAUGAGUGAUAUAUCUAUCGGGACAGGGUCACGGACUAAUGGAGCUACCAGCAACAAUUCUGAGGACCGUAACUGCCACCGCAACCAGAUCAAUUCCUCUGAAGCUGCCGGUCGUCCUUUAGCCAUUCUACCGAUUAAUACGCUUCACCAUGGUAUUGGUUUGUUCCCACACCUUAACAUACCUCGUGAAGUGGGGACAACUGCGCCGCUUGUUAACACACCGACAAACAACCGUUGCUCGUCUAUACCAGGCCCAGUUCCCAACACAUCAAGUAAUGCAAUGAGCACUACCUCGCACACUUCGCCAGAUUCAAAUGCUGUUGAUCUGGCCAGCCUCUUCGAGUGCCCUGUGUGUAUGGAUUACGCUCUCCCACCCAUUCUGCAAUGCCAAAGCGGUCAUAUUGUAUGUGCCUCUUGUCGUUCGAAACUCUCCUCAUGUCCCACCUGUCGUGGAAAUUUGGACAACAUCCGCAAUCUGGCUAUGGAGAAACUCGCCUCCAGUGUGCUGUUUCCGUGCAAGUUCUCCACCAGUGGAUGUCCUGAAACGUUCCACUAUACUUCGAAGGCAGAACACGAAAGCGUGUGCGAAUUCCGCCCGUACGACUGUCCUUGUCCCGGUGCCUCAUGCAAAUGGUUGGGCGAACUGGAGCAAGUCAUGCCGCAUUUAAUGCACCAUCACAAAAGCAUCACAACGUUACAAGGUGAGGAUAUCGUAUUUUUAGCCACUGAUAUCAACCUCCCCGGUGCCGUGGAUUGGGUCAUGAUGCAGUCUUGCUUCGGGCACAGUUUUAUGCUUGUGCUGGAAAAACAAGAGCGCGUGCCGGAUCAAAUAUUUUUCGCCCUGGUCCAGCUGAUCGGCACACGGAAACAGGCCGAGCAAUUUGUGUACAGAUUGGAGCUGAAUGGUCAUCGUCGGCGCCUAACUUGGGAAGCCUGUCCACGAAGCAUUCACGAUGGUGUACAGUCAGCUAUUAGCAGCUCAGAUUGCCUAGUUUUCGAUCUGAACACUGCUCAGCUGUUUGCCGACAACGGAAAUCUCGGCAUCAACGUGACCAUCUCCCAGGUCCCCUCACGCAUCUGACCGGACGCGAAUCACUUCCCGUUGUUGCACAGAUGAAUCCAGCCGCCACCCGCUCAGGGUCGUGAGGAGCUCUAUAGCCGCUGUGAUGUGCCAAAAUGCCUUAAUUUUUCUUCACUCAGUUGGUUUCACUCCUCUGCUCUUCUGGACCAGUCGUAUUGGUCACUUGCCUUGCGACCGGAACGAACCGGAAGUUUUCCAGCGUGAUUGACCUGCCGUCAAUUUGUACAUAGUCACUGACUCACAUACACACUUGCAUGAUCAUCACAUGUCGUCGCUAUGGUUUUUAACGGGGGCAGCAGGAUUGAAAAUGUUGCUAA